AUGCCGAAAUCAAUCUCCUCGUACUUUGGCCCAGGUGGUGGGGACGAUCAUGGCAACAACAUUUCAACCCCAACUACUGCUCCCUCCUCACCAUUGACCUUCCGACGAGCCAGCCGACGACCAUCCGUCCCGAACCUUCGUACCCAUCUUCCCCCUCGACUGGUCAUGGAGAACGAGGCGAAUGAGCAAACUAGCUUAUUGGCAGCCCCCGAUGGAGUUCACAAGCCUUACACAAGUGUGCCUGCGACCCCCGGAAGAUACACACUAUCAAGGCAGGGGAGUACUGCAGGUAGCUUGCUGCCGUCCAGAAAUCAUAGCCGAGCCAACUCAUGGGGUUUGAAAAUAGCCUCCAUGGCAGGUUUGGAUCGAAAAGGGCCCCUUUCGGCAAUGACUAUGGGGUCCGUCUUUCAAGACGACCGAGUAUGGUAUGAUCAAUUCACCUCUACAGACUGGGUGCACGACAGCAUCGCCGACGGAUUUCGAGUACAAGAAUUACGGAAACGCAAAGGCAUAAAAGGUCGGUUAUGGGCAUGGUUCGACUCAUCUCAAGGAUGGAUCCUGGUGGCCAUCAGUGGCUGCGUCACAGCUGUUAUCGCCUAUUUUGUCGAUGUUACCGAAUCGGCAGUCUUCGAUCUCAAGGAAGGAUACUGCCGCAAUGGAUGGUACUGGAGCAGAAACAAAUGCUGUGUUGGCAAAGAAGAAUGCUCUGCAUGGCGAACGUGGUCGCAGAUCAUUCGGCCUUCGCGUAUAGACAGUGUCUGGAUAGAUUUCAUCACCUUUGUGCUCGGAUGCAUCCUUCUGUCGCAGUUGGCCUGCUACAUCACUCUCCUCUCGAAGACCGUUGUUCCUUCCAAUGUACAGUUGGCACCUCUAGAUGAGGAUCUUGGCACAGAUCGUAGGGCUAAGAAAGACGCUGAUGAUGACAAGGACACCCAGCAAAGUCCUACCACCCUGCCCGAAGCAAACGGCUCCUCUACCCUGACCUACUAUUCAGCUGCGGGAAGCGGUGUUGCCGAAGUCAAGGUCAUCCUCAGUGGAUUCGUUCUUCAUGGAUAUCUUGGUGUCAAAACCCUUUUCUUCAAGACCAUAGGUUUGGUCUUUGCUGUGGCUUCUGGCCUGAGUCUCGGCAAGGAAGGUCCUUAUGUUCACAUUGCCACCUGUGUCGGCAAUAUCGCUUGCAGGAUGUUUUCCAAAUACAAUCUGAAUGACGGCAAAAGGCGAGAGGUCUUGAGUGCCAGUGCAGCGAGUGGAGUCGGGGUCGCCUUUGGAGCACCUAUUGGUGGCGUGCUCUUCAGCUUAGAGGAGGUUAGCUACUACUUCCCUCCUAAAACAUUGUUUCGAACGUUCUUUUGUUGCAUCGCGGCAACCCUGACGCUCAAAUUCCUCAAUCCUUACGGCACCGGAAAGAUAGUCAUAUUCGAGGUCCGGUACUUCAAGGAUUGGCAGUUUUUCGAACUGUUCACAUUCAUCCUAUUAGGUGUCAUGGGCGGUGCUGCAGGAGCUUUGUUCAUCAAAGCAUCGCGAAUAUGGGCCACGACUUUUCGACGCAUUCCAGUCAUCAGGAAAUGGCCCAUGCUUGAAGUUGGGCUGGUUGCCCUGAUCACUGGUGUUACUAGCUUCUGGAAUCGAUACACGAAGUUGCCAGUGACGGAAUUGCUCUUUGAACUGGCAAGUCCUUGUGCUCCUAACGCCAAUACUGGGCUUUGUCAGAAAGAAGAGGAUAUUCCCAAAGUCAUCCGUAUGCUGCUUGUGGCAUUCGUCAUCAAAGCGUUCCUCACCAUCAUCACCUUCGGUAUCAAGGUCCCUGCUGGGAUCUACGUCCCAUCUAUGGUUGUGGGUGGUCUCAUGGGCCGAGUUGUAGGCCACAUCACACAGUACCUCGUCCUCCGUCACCCCACCUUCGUCCUCUUCCAAUCUUGUCCAGCAGAUGGCGGAAUCGAAGCAUGUGUCACCCCCGGUGUCUACGCCCUCAUAGCCGCCGGUGCCACGAUGUGCGGAGUGACCCGUCUCUCUGUCACCCUAGCAGUUAUCCUCUUUGAACUAACCGGAGACCUCGACCACGUUCUCCCUUUCUCUCUCGCCGUUCUCUGCGCCAAAUGGACCGCGGACGCCAUUGAACCCCUCAGUAUUUACGAUCUCCUUACGGAAAUGAACUCUUACCCAUUCCUCGACAACAAAGUCCAUCCGGUCUUUGACUCGGAAUUAGGCGACAUAGUCCCCCGCAUCCGCCGCAACAGAAUCAUCGACAUCUCCAACGCGCCCCUCGUCCGCGCCUCUGACCUCCGUCAGAAAUUACAUCAACUCCAUAUGGCAGGUGAGCUGGACGGCGGCCUCCCCAUCCUCCGGCACAAUAUCCUCGUUGGCCUCAUACCAGCCCCGGAUCUGGAGUUUGCACUCGACCGAAUCGAGCACGAAGAGAACACCCUUUGUCUCAUGGCGAGUGACGGCCGAUGGCAUGGCUUUGACGAUCAACACUAUGAUGGUGAUGGUGAGGAUGGGGAUGGGGGUCCAUCGGAUCCAACGGAUUUCACCCCCUUCAUCGAUCCGGCCCCCGUUGCGUUGGAUAUCCACUCACCUAUGGAUCUGGUGUAUCAGUGUUUUGUGAAGCUGGGGUUGAGGUACAUGUGCGUGUUGAGGGAUGGUCAGUUUGCCGGGAUGGUGCAUAAGAAGGGGUUUGUGAAGUUCAUCAAAGAGCUGGAAGAAGAGGAGAGGAAGCUUGGAAAGGUGGGUAGAUCUUGA